AUGACGGCCUCGGUGCGAGUGCGUCGCCACCUACGCAGGCUCCUGCUUCUACUGGCCUCCUGCUGCCUGCUCUCUCUCCUCCUCUCUGCCUACUUCCUCUUCACCAACCCCUCCCCUUCCUUGCAGCUGGGCCAAUCCUCUGACCCCGCCUGCUCACAACCCUUCCCCAUGUCCCCUUACCGUACCCUUCCUAAGCCCUACCCCCCUAACCCCCCACACACGCACAUCCACACAGACCCCGUGGCACUGGUACUGGUAGAAUCCCAGUACUCCCAGUUGGGCCAGGACAUCGUUGCUAUCCUGGAGUCGGCCCGCUUCCACUUCCACAUGGAAAUUGUUCCGGCGAAGGGUGACCUGCCCCCCCUGACAGAAAAGGGCCGAGGACGCUACUCGCUCGUCGUCUAUGAAAAUCUGUUGAAGUAUGUCCACGCAGACACGUGGAACAAGCAGCUGUUACACCAGUACUGUACAGAGUACAGAGUUGGCAUCAUCGGGUUUUACCGCUCAAAUGAAAACUCCCCACAAGUCCUCAAACUCCGAGGCCUUCCACUGGUUCUUAGGACUAACCAGGCACUACGGGAUUGCUGCGUGACAUCCAGUUCACCCCUCCUUCAUCUAACCAAGCCUGGCAUGGACCGAGGAGCUUUGCCUGGGGAGGACUGGACGUCCUUCUCCUCUAACCACUCCUCCUACCAGGCGGUGCUGCAGGCACGGCCUAGGGAGGGAUCCCCUGGGGCAGGUAGCGGAGAUAAUCCAGGACCUGGCUUUAGUCUUGGCCUCCAGGCCACAGUGGUGCAGGAUAUGGGACUCUAUGAUGGGGUGAGGAGAGUGCUGUUCGGUCAGGGCUUGAGCUACUGGCUUCACAGGCUGAUAUUUGUGGACACCGUCUCUUACCUGACAGACAGAAAGUUGUCUCUGGGGCUGGACAGACACAUCUUGGUGGACAUAGAUGACAUCUUCGUCGGGAAGGAGGGCACACGGAUGAACACCAAGGAUGUCAAGGCUCUCCUUGACACCCAGAAUCAGCUGCGUUCUCAAAUCACCAACUUCACCUUCAACCUGGGCUUCUCUGGGAAGUUCUACCACACAGGCACAGUGGAGGAAGAUGAGGGAGAUGAUUUACUGUUGAAGUAUGUGGAUGAGUUCUGGUGGUUCCCCCACAUGUGGAGCCACAUGCAGCCCCACCUCUUCCACAAUGAGUCCUCACUGCUGGAGCAGAUGGUCCUUAACAAGGAGUUUGCUCUGGAGCAUGGCAUCCCGGUGAACAUGGGCUAUGCAGUUGCCCCUCACCACUCAGGGGUCUACCCGGUCCACAUGCAGCUGUAUGAAGCCUGGAGACGGGUCUGGACCAUUCGGGUCACCAGCACUGAGGAAUACCCACACCUCAAGCCCGCCCGCUACCGAAAGGGCUUCAUCCACAACAACAUCAUGGUGCUGCCUCGCCAGACAUGUGGCCUAUUCACUCACACCAUUUACUAUAAAGAAUACCCUGGAGGGCCCAGAGAGCUGGAUAAAAGCAUCCAAGGGGGAGAGCUGUUUCUCACUGUGCUGCUCAACCCGAUCAGUAUAUUUAUGACCCACCUGUCUAAUUAUGGCAAUGAUCGUCUGGGUCUCUACACAUUUGUCCAUCUGGCCUCCUUCCUGCGCACAUGGACCAACCUAAACCUCCACACGCUCCCGCCCAUCCAGCUCGCUCACAAGUAUUUCCAGCUAUUCCCUGAGCAGAGGCACCCACUUUGGCAGAACCCGUGUGAUGACAAGAGACACAAGGAUAUCUGGUCUAAAGAAAAAACCUGCGACAGACUGCCCAAAUUCAUGGUCAUUGGGCCGCAGAAAACAGGAACGACGGCACUUUAUCUAUUUCUGCUCAUGCAUCCCUCUAUCUUCAGCAACUUCCCCAGCCCCAAGACCUACGAGGAGGUCCAAUUCUUUAACACCAACAACUACCACAAAGGAAUCGACUGGUACAUGGAAUUUUUCCCAGUGCCGUCUAAUGUGACCACAGACUUCCUGUUUGAGAAGAGUGCUAACUAUUUCCCUUCAGAGGAAUCCCCUCGGCGUGCGGCUGCCCUGCUGCCUAAAGCCAAGAUCAUCACCCUGCUCAUCAACCCCUCUGACAGGGCCUACAGCUGGUACCAGCAUCAGAGGGCUCAUGAGGACCACACAGCCCUGCAGUUCACCUUCCAUAAUGUUAUCAGUGCGAAACGGGGCGCGCCGGCCGAACUGCGCUCGCUCCAGAACCGGUGUCUCAUUCCUGGUCUCUACUCCACACACAUAGAGCGCUGGCUCACCUACUAUCCUGCCAAUCAGCUGCUGAUAAUAGAUGGCCAGCAGCUGAGAAGUGACCCUGCUGCAGUGAUGGAUGAAGUCCAGAAGUUUUUAGGAGUUACUCCUCAUUUUAACUACUCCCAGGCCCUCACGUUUGACCCUCAGAAGGGCUUCUGGUGCCAGCUUCUUGAAGGGGGAAAGACAAAAUGUUUGGGGAAGAGCAAAGGGAGGAAGUAUCCCCCCAUGGAACCAGAGGCGCGGGCGUAUCUCUCCAGGUACUACAGGGAACACAACAUAGAGCUGUCCAAGUUGCUGCACCGCCUGGGCCAGCCCCUCCCCUCCUGGCUGCGAGAGGAGCUUCAGAAGGUUAGAUAACCUUUGAAUCCAGAAGCCAGGGUUAAAGGUCAAGGGUCAACGACCAGGAAGUGAGUGAAACGCUGACCUUUGGAUGCACUCUCGGCAGCCCUGGGAUGAACCCUGAGGUGAGGGCAAGGACGUUGGUUCACUGAGGAGCAAUGACCCUGCUGAGUGUGACCACAAGCGAAAGAGAUAAAAGCAGAGAUGCAACAAGACAGAACUGUUUUAGAAGAUGGACAGAUUGAAUAAAGAAAGGAAUGGAUUGAUGGAUGUAUGAUAAAUGAAUGGAUGGAUACAGGAAUUCAGCAGCUGGCUCAGAUCCCUUCCGUAAAAAUGGGAAGAAAUGGAAGGAGAGACACAGAGGAGACAAUGCUUUACUGGCCAAACCCUAAUCUGAACUGUUCUGAACUCCUGCAUGAACCCUGCAGUAACUCUGCGACCAUUACUAUCUUUUUACUUUUAAUUUAUGAUGCCAGGACAGCGCUGGUCAGCUGUACUUGGUUUCCAUACAUAGAUAACUUUGCACUAAAUUCAAUUCCACUGAUUCAUGUGUUUCAACCCCACCAAGUAGUUGUUUUUCCUUUUCUUUUCUUUUUUUUUCUUUUUGGUUCUUUUGGGUUGUUUGUUUGGUUCGCAUUCAGACUGUGAGCGAGCUGAGGACUCCGAGAACAACAGUCCAUCUGUCAUGAAGAAAGACCAUCGGUUACUCAGGUUUGGUGAAAAGCUGUUGCUUUCUUUUGUAGACUUUUCAGAAUUAUUUUUUUUUAGUUUUAAAGUAAAGCUAGACUCAUUUCAAUAUAUAAGGAUCUACUAGCCUUAUUCGUGCAUAGAGAGGCACUAAAAAGCUUUCAAUAGAAAGGGAUUGGAAAGGAGUUGACUUACUAGUGCAGAUAUCCUUUGCCUGUUCAAUGUUUUCCUGUAAACAAGCUAAGGAAAAAAAAAAGAUGUGUCCAUCUAACCCCGGGAUGAUGCUACUGACAUUUCAGCAACAGUGACCGAGAAGAUGUACAUCUAUGGAAAAGAAAGCUCAUGGAAAACAAACCAGAAUAAGCCCAACAGACAAGAUGCCCAAAUCCUAGACUCAGUGUUACCCCUUUAGCAGGACUGAGUGCUCAGUACCUAAAUAGUGGUUGCAAACACAGCCAGUUAGUUUCCAAGUUGUUUUGGUAAUGUCUCAUUCAAGUCUCAAUUUCCUUUGGUCUUUUAGAAACCAGUGGCCUAUCUUGAUUAGCUUAAAUUUGAUUGCAAAAAUGUAAAUGUAAAACCCAGAAACCAAAAUAAAAGAGAUGGAUGUGAU